CAAUAUGUACUAAACUGUCACUUAAGAAAUAAACAUUCGUCCAAGUACGCCAAAUCCAAACCUUUCCAAUGUUCUUCAUGUAAGGCUGGCUUCUCAUACCAUAAUUCCUUGCAAAGGCAUUUAAAAGACAACAAAUGCCGAAACCACUCGCCGCAGAACCGGGAAUAUGUCAACUCUUUAAAAGAUCGUACAUACAAAAUGAAUAUUCUGCAUAGGUGUAGCAUUUGUGGCAAGGCCUUUAUAACCAGAGCGGGUCUAAGGAAACAUAUGAGUAGGCGACAUAGUCAAGAGUCGAUUACCAACAAUUCUCUUACAUGGGAAAUGGGCGAGGGAGAAACGAAUUCUUCAACCGAUACUGCUGACGAGGUGCAGGAUGAGGUGGAAAGUGACGAGCAGCAUGAAGAAGAGUAUGACGAAUUAUCAUUGUCAUAUCUGGAAAGUAUGAAACCCCUCACACUCUCCAAAUUAAAGGCCAUCGACACCAAAACUCGUGGGGACUAUGAUCGUCUCAUUGCCCUGUGGCGAUCCAGGUUGGAAUGUGUCAUCUGUGGCACAACACUAGGCACAUUUACCCAAUUGCAGCAACAUUUCUCUCAACAUCAUAACAAAGAGCAAUGCCAUAUAUUGUGUUGCCAACUUAAGCUUCACUUCCGUUUUGAAAUUGAACAACAUAUUCAUUAUCACUAUGCUGCCGAUGACGAACAUAAAUGUGACAUGUGUUAUGCCUCAUUGUCGGCUACCGAUAAAACGUAUCAUGUGCGUAAGGUGCAUGGCGCCAGGAGCAACAAAUAUCGCUGUCAACCUUGUGAGCGUACAUUUAUAAAUCGAAGUUACUUGGCAGAACACCAAUAUCGUAUGCAUCCCGUUGCAGGACGCAAAUAUUUCGAUUGUUCCAUAUGCGACAAAUCUUUUACUUGUUACAAUAGCGUGUACCAACACAUAGCCUUGCACAAGGAUAUAAAUUUUUGCCGAUGUGAAUAUUGUCACAAAGUAUUCACGCAACGUGCCACUUUAUUUAAACAUAUGAGAAGAUUUCAUGGCCUAGAAAUGGAGCAGCAGAGGCGAACUGAGAAUCAUAGUGAAUCAGUUGGUGGAAUACCCACAACAAACAAAUCAUUGCCCCACAAUGAGCUAAAUCAGAAAAUUUUCAAAAAAGAAACCCCUGAAAAGGAUCAAGAGCUUAAUGAGUUUUGUAUUAAAAUACAAAAUGAACCCAUAUCUGAUGUUUUCAUAAGUAGCAGCGCUCAUGAAAACAAACUUGAACUUAAAGAUACUAGCCAAAUCCAACUGAACUCUAUUACCGAUGCUAGACAUCAACCUGUGAAGAUGAAAACUGCCUUUGUACGCAUUGAAAGGCUGCCUAAAGCCAUACUUAAUGCUUAUGGGUUCGACUAGAAGAAGGAAACUGUAGCUGAAUAGACAUCAAUUUGAUAUGACAAAGUAUGGUAUCUCCCUCCACAUUCUAAAAUAUUAAAAAUUGAUUUACAUAGAUUGACUAAGGCAAAACCAACUUUUUGGGAGGAGUCUAUUUGGCUUUAUUCAUAAGAAAGAAAAACAAAAUAUUUUGUUUUGGAAAAAUAAAUAAUAAUUGCCAAAAAUAGAAAGUUUGUGAGGCAAACUAGCAGUUAAAUUAAGAUCACGGGAGUUUUUUGUUUUAUUUUCUAACUCAACACGUUUACCACAUGAACAACAACAGUUGUAUUGAGAGUGUCAAAGCGACAGGUCACUGGUUGUCAUGCCAAAACAUACGGCAAAGCAUUUUUUAGACAACAUGGUAUACUAACAGCAUUCACUAAUAGAAGGUUAGGUCACUUGCGAAAACAUAAAGUGGAA